AUGGCUAGAACUGUACAACGACUUGAUGAAAAGAAACAACUGUACAUCAAAGGUAAACUCUUUCAAUUAGUGCAUAAUGCAGAACUGGAAACGCUAAAUGAAAAGGAUGCUACUUCUGUACCUAUUGAAACGUUUCACUCCCCUGUAAUGGACCUCUUUACCUUGCCGCUAAAUCCAGUACAAAAUACUACAAUCGUUGAAUCCACCAUAUCUGGACAGCCUCAUUUCACCAAUAAAGAAAUUCGCUCUCGACAACAAACUUCAUAUAUCUCACCGACCACCUCAGCUAUCACACCUGCAGUGUCUCAUUUCACAAAUGCUAAAACUGAACGACCACGUAUUGCACCGACCACAUCGACUGUCACAUCUGGAGUGUCUCAUCAUACAAAUACAGAGACUGUACAUUCAAGUAUUACACCGACAACUUCGACUAUAACAAAUGAAGAGUCUCGUAUUACGAACGAAGAGAUUCUGCAUUCAAAUAUUUCUCUGACGAUUCCGCGUCAAGUAAUGAGACCAAUACUUCCUACACAUCAGAUAACGAUAUUAAACGACCAGGUUCUCAAUGCAUCCUAUGAUAAUGAUAGCUGUGAGGUGGAUGAAGAACUAAAGAAAUACGUAGUAUUUAAAUAA